AUGGGUGAACAAAUACCUUAUCCAGUAUUUAGUAAUCUAGAUGAUGAAUUGUCUAUUGAUUCAAAUCAAGCGGAAUCAUUCAGUGAUCGACCCUUUUUGCCUUCUCUUGGUUUUGCGCAAAUUAUAAAUGGAACUGAAGUUAGUUUUACUUAUCCCAUUAAUUAUACUGUAAAGGAGAUAAAGUUUGACGAUCCUGACACGCAAGAUGGCAAGGGAAAGGAAAUAUACAAGGGAAAUCAUGAACAUGAGUAUUUGGUUUGCGAAUGGAAAAAUCAUUUAAAGAACGGAAAGGGUUUGCUGUACAAUAGUUGGGGAGAACUCUUAUUUCGAGGGAAUUUUGUAAAUGAUAAGCUGGAGGGAAUGGGAGCAAUUUAUCAUGACGGUUGCGUGAUCGCGGAAUUGCUAUAUGAGCACAAUCAACCCGAUCUGCUGAACUAUAUUGAAUGUUCUCCCGAUUCGAUCAUUCUCGUAAAGAGAUCCGAAAAAGGAGAGUUGCUCUAUCGAGGCGGUUUUGAUGAGCAAACGCUUGAAAGAGAGGGAUGGGGCGCGGAAUAUAAAAAUGGGGUUUUGCACUAUUACGGGACUCACGAGAGCAAUGUCAUUGUAAAUAUAACAAAGAAAUUCGAGGCAGAUAUUAUGUACGAAUAUGGAAGCGAUCAAACGCUUGUUUAUGUCGGAAACUACAAGGAUAGUUUGGUUGAGGGAUUCCCCAGAGAAGGAGAGGGAAGAGAAUAUUUGAAUGGAGUGCUCACGUUUCAUGGGCAAUACGCAAACAAUAAGCGAAAUGGAAAGGGAACGUUGUUUUAUCAAUACGGAGUGGCAAAGAUGUGUGGAUUUUGGGAACAGGGGAAGUUGCUGUGGUCCAUGGAGAUGGACAGCAAUGGAUACAGCAGUAAUUUGAAGUUCGAUGGAAGGUCGAUUGCUUCCAUUCGGGUUGUUGAUGGACUCGAAGUGAUCAAUAUGAACAUCCGCAAUAUGAAAAUUGGAAAUAAUGCUUGUAAUUCUAAAGAAAUUCAGCGUUUCGUUCUUUCAAACGCGCCUUGCAUUGAGACGAUCUCCAUUGGAUCGAAUUGCUGCAAAAAUGUCACCUUUUUCCAGAUUGAAGACCUUCCUUCAUUGAGAAAAGUGACGAUUCUGGAAGACAGUUUCACUACGUUUAAUCGCACCACCAACACUCCAAUCAACGGGAAUCACCCGGCCAAUUCUCGCUAUCAAUCUAUCUUUCAAAUCAAUCGAUGUCCGCAGCUUGUAAUGUUUUGUUGUGGCUGCGGAUCCUUCUCCUCAUUCCUACAGUUUUCACUUACAAGGAAAGUCGUACCCGACCGCAAAACCUUCCAAAACUGGAAAGGGUUGAGAUCGGAUGUCAAAGCUUCCACAAUGUGUAUGUUGUUUCUUUAG